GCGUAUGACGCGCCGUCUUCCUGUUUCCUUCAGCUGUGUCUUAAAGUGAAUCUUGUUGGUGGAGGAGAGCUCGAGCGUCGAAGCUCUGCAUCGCGUGCGCCUCGGUCAAGCUGCUACGACAUCAUCACCAGUCGUUCACCCCUCGAGAGAAGAUGACAGAGAGCGGAGCAAAAUAGCUCUUGUAUGUCUAUUUUUAUGUCCUACGGUCGCGCUCAUCACUCACUUUACUCAUACUCUUCCUUCCCUGAGAAAUUAUAAUAUUGAACGUUUCGCGGCGAAGCUUCCAUAGUCCGUAUUCUUUUUUUCAGCAGUAAAAAAAAGGCCUUUCCCUUCAUCUGCGGGUGUCAUUCAGCAGUGGGGCUAGAGGAGUGGCUUUGUGGGAUAUGGCCCAAUAGCAGCAGACCGUGAUGCCGGACCAUGACAGCGACUCCUUCCUGAGCAGACAGACCAAGAGAAGACGAGUGGACAUCGGGGUGAAGAGGACUGUGGGCAGCAACGCUGCCAACGCAGCAGCAGCAGCCACAACAAGCGCCGACAUCGCCCAUGCCAAAGCAGCAAUCUUCGGUGCUAUGAACUCUCUCAACUCCCACCGCCAUGGCUCCGAUGCAGACUCCAUGGACUGCUCCAUGGUGCAGCCGCACGGCCACGCUGGGGUCGUCACAGCAACCAACAGCGAGUCCAAGUCCAACGUGCUCCGGAAGCUCCUGAAGAGAGCCAACUCGUAUGAAGACGCCUUCCCCGGUGCCACUAUCAUCUCCCAGCUCCUCAAGAACAACAUGGCCAAGAACGGAAGAGGAGAGAGAGGGGAGAGAGGAGAUAGAGAGGAUGUGGGGUUCCCCAGGUCGGGCCUCUCCAGUGGGGGUUCCGAAGCCCCCCAGGAGGACGCCUGCAGUAAUUCGUCCCAGGACAGCCCCCAGGAGUGCCUUUCCCCUUUUGGCCAUCCCCCGGCUCUGGGCGCCUUUGACCUAGAGCGCCUCAAUGACGAGCACCUCCGGGCCAAGCGUGCCCGAGUGGAGAACAUCAUCCGGGGCAUGAGCCACUCACCCGGGGUGGUGGUGCCCACACGCCACCUCGGUGAGCGGGACCACGAACUGGAACAAUGUGGACGGGAGAGAGAGCGAGAGAUGGACGGUGACAGGGACAGAGAAAUGGAGAUGAACUGCCCCCCACAGCCGCCCAGCCCCAGGGGAGAGGUGUGCAGCCGGGAGAACAAAAGGAAACAGCGCCUGCCCCAGCAGCAGCAGCAGAGCUUCACCCAGCUGGUGUGCCAGCGUAAAGAGCAGAAGCAUGAGGAGCGCAGACAACUGAAGCUGCAGCUGGAGGACAUGCAGAAGCAGCUGCGCCAGCUGCAGGAGAAGUUUUUCCAGAUCUAUGACUCCACCGACAACUCGGAGCAUGACCUGGCCCAUGACCUAGGCAACAUGUCUGAGGACAGCGCUGGGAGGUCUGAUGCUGGAGGAGAUGACCGGACAGACCGUUCCGACAAUGAGAUGUCAGACCUGGAUCCGGGACACUUCCUGGACCGAGCAAGGGCGUUGCUCCAGGAGCAGGCCCUACUGGCUGAGGGGGACAAGCUCAGGAGAGAGGGGCUGGUCUGGGGAAAAGGUCCUGGUCAGGGCCCCUCCUCCUCCAUGCACCAUGCAGAGGGCAAGCUGCUGGCUGAGACGUUGAAACAGGAGCUCAACUCGGCAAUGAACCAGGUGGUGGACACAGUGGUCAAGGUGUUUGCCAAGCCCCCUCGCCCCACACCACCCCAAGUCUUCCCUCCCCUCCCCAUGCCCCCAGAGAGGUUUGGUGUCAACGUCAAGGGCCCCAACUUCCACACAGUCAACCAGCGCCUGCAAUGCUUUGGCGACGUCGUCAUUCCCAAUCCCCUGGAGUCGUUCGGCAGCAUACCUGUGCCCGGCGCCAACGACCAGACGGAGGCGCUGCCCCUGGUGGUGAGGAAGACGCAGAUGGAGCACCAUCACCAAUCCUCAGCCGUGGGCGCCCACGGGGGCCAUCACCACCCCUCCCUGCACCCCUCCUCCCUCUCUACCUUCACCCCUUCUUUCCGCCACCCCUUUCCCCUUCCUCUCAUGGGUUACCCCUUCCAGAGCCCUCUGGGCCCACCCUCCGGCGGUUACCCAGGGAAGGACCGUUCCUCCCCAGACUCCAUGGACCUGUCCAGGGAGACCACCAGCCUGCGGACCAAAAUGUCAUCAGGGCAUCAUGUGGGGCACCACCACCGGUCUUUCUCUCCGACCAACCCUGGGAGCACUGCAGAGGGGCUCUCCCUGUCCCUCAUCAAGUCAGAGUGUGGAGACAUGAGCGACAUGAACGACAUCUCACCAUACUCAGGCAGCACCAUUCAGGAGGGUCUUUCCCCCAACCACCUGAAGAAGGCCAAGCUCAUGUUCUUCUACGCCCGUUACCCCAGUUCCAACAUGCUCAAGAUUUUCUUCUCCGACGUCAAGUUUAACCGCUGCAUCACAUCCCAGCUCAUCAAGUGGUUCAGUAACUUCCGGGAGUUCUACUACAUCCAGAUGGAGAAGUUUGCCCGGCAGGCCAUCAACGACGGUGUCACCGGAGUGGAGGAGAUGAGCGUCAGCCGUGACUGCGAGCUCUACCGAGCCCUCAACAUGCACUACAACAAGGCCAACGACUUUGAGGUUCCAGAGCUGUUCCUGGAGGUGGCUACAAUUACGCUGCGUGAGUUCUUCAACGCCAUUGUGGCAGGAAAAGACGUGGACCCAUCCUGGAAGAAGGCCAUCUACAAGGUGAUCUGCAAGCUGGACAGCGAGGUGCCCGAGGUCUUUAAGUCGCCCAACUGUCUCCAGGAGCUCUUACACGAGUAACCUAUCAUGACCUGCCUUCAACCCCCCCCCACCCCCUGCCCAACACUUUUUUAUGCUUUUGAUGUUUUUAUUUAUUUAUUUAUUUUUAUCUGAUUUUCUUGCUUUUUUGAAUGUAUGAAGUAUGAAGUUGCAUUCCUCCCAAUCUGAGGCCUACUGGGCUGUCCAAGUUAUCUAGCUAUUGUGUUGUUGUUAUUAUUAUUAUUAUUAUUAUUAUUAUUAUUAUUUCAUCAUGACUAUGAUUAUUAUUUUUUUUUUUUUGUAAAUGAUUCUAUCUGAAGAUACUUUUAUCCUAUUGUGAGCAAGGGUGUCAAACUCAUUUGAUUGAAGGCCUAUUGCCUGUUUUCUUUCAUUUAAGCCCUAGACAACCAGUUGUGGGGAGUUCCUUACUAAUUAGUGACCUUAAUUCAUCAAUCAAGUACAAGGGAGGGGCGAAGACCCGCAGAUACUCGGCCCUCCAUGGAUUGAGUUUGACACAUGCUAUUUGGUGGUUGGACUGUGUGAAACCUGAUCUAUCUGCCCUGAUGUACUAGAAACACUAAAUAGGGGUCCUCACUAUGCCCAGACAAGGGCUUCCCACGACCCUGUACCCUACCUACUCUAAGAAUGACCCUACAAUGCUAGUGCGGUCACCAAUAGAUUUUGGCCCACUACACUACGAAAGGGGAGAGGGGUCCUCAAUAGGCUCUCCCCACUAUGCGAGGUGACUCCCCAAUAGGUGCCCAAUACAAUGGAUAUCCCACGGAGGACAACACUACACUACACUUUAUUAACUACUGAACUAUACUGGAAUACUAGUACUGGUCUGUAUUGGUAUACUGGAACUGGACUGGUAUCACUCAUCUACUGAGCUCGACCUUGAUACUUUAAAGUGUGCUUUCUGUGAUUAGGACAUUGUGUUUAUUGGGUGUAUAUUAUUCAUAUUAUUUUUCCUGUUGUUAUUGUUGUUUUUAUUAUUAUUAUUUGUCAUCAUUGCUUGAUACAGAUUGGCACUUCCAGAUUUGUCCCUUGACAACGUUACAGAAAAUAAAUUAUUAUUAUUGUUCCAAAAGAGUAUAAAUUCUCUACAUAUAAUUACUUUGCUCUCAGCAAUUUGGGCAAAAACCUCUUGCUCAUUUUCAUAUUCCCCAUCCCUCCUCUUUCUGUUUGUAUAGGUCCAAGUUUUGUUUGAACUUCUCUGCUGAUAGGGAAGACAGUGGAGAGAGAGUAGGCUUCGGUCCUGGGGCUCAAGUAAAUACACAAGGGGGAGUCUCCACCCUAAGCUUUGCACAACUAGAAAACAUUGCUGUAAAAGGUGUUGGUUUGGAAGAGCACAUGGUGCAACCAGUGGCAGUGCACAAAUACAGAGGUGUGUGGGGCAGUGACACACACACACACACACACACACACACACACAGUAUACAUAAACACACACAUAGAGACAUGCAGCUUAUGACCUUUUGGUAUUAAGACAGACCAGUUACUGAUUGAGUUUAUGACUUAUUGUUUCAAGGCUGAAUUUCCACAUUUACUCCAGCAUUGAAAUAUCAAGAGUACAUGUUAUCUUCAUACAUUUAUGGGCCAUUCAUUAAGGACUACAUCAUUAAUUCAUUCGUUCAUACAUACAUUACCAGUCAAAAGUUUGGACACACCUACUCAUUCAAGAGUUUUUCUUUAUUUCUACUAUUUUCUACAUUGUAGAAUAAUAGUGAAGACAUCACAGCUAUGAAAUAACACAUAUGGGAUCAUGUAGUAACCAAAAAAGUGUUGAUAAUGAGAGCUUUGCACACUCUUGGCAUUCCCUGAACCAGCUUCACCUGGAAUGCUUUUCCAACAGUCUUGAAGGAGUUCCCACAUAUACUGAGCACUUGUUGGCUGGUUUUCCUUCACUCUGUGGUCCAACUCAUCCCAAACCAUCUCAAUUUGGUUGAGAUCGGGUCUAAGGCACUGCAUCUCAAAUCAAAUCAAAUUUGUCACAUGCGCCAAAUACAACAGGUGUCGACCUUACAGUGAAAUGCUUACUUACAAGCCCUUAACCAACAAUGCAGUUUAAAAAAAAAGUGUUAAGUAAAAUAUAAAUAAAAAAAAUAUUAUUAAAUAGCAGCACUAAAAUAACAGUAGCGAGGCUACUAUAUACAGGGGGUACUGGUACAGAGUCAAUGAGUAAGGGCACAGGUUAGUCGAGGUAAUUGAGGUAAAAUGUAGGUAGAGGUCAAGUGACUAUGCAUAGAUAAUAAACAGAGAAUAGCAGCAGUGUAAAAGUGUGUGUGCAGACUAAAGUGUGUGUGCAGACUAAUGCAAAUAGUCUGGGUAGUCACUUGAUUAGCUGUUCAGAAGUCUUAUAGCUUGUGGUUAGAAGUUGUAGAGGUCCUGGAUGGCAGGAAGCUUGACCCCAGUGAUGUACUGGGCUGUACGCACUACCCUCUGUAGUGCCUCUGCAGUUGCCAUACCAGGCAGUGAUGCAAACAGUCAGGAUGCUCUCAAUGGUGCAGCUGUAGAACUUUUUAAGGAUCUGAGGAUCCAUUCCAAAUCUUUUCAGUCUCCUGAGGGGGAAUAGACUUUGCCAAGCCCACUUCGUGACUGUCUUGGUGUGUUUGGACCAUGAUAGUUUUUGGUGAUGUGGACACCAAGGAACUUGAAGCUCUCAACCUGCUCCACUACAGCCCCGUCGAUGAGAAUAGGGGUGUGCUCAAUCCUCCUUUUCCUGUAGUCCAAUGGUGGUUUUGGAGUCGUGAACAGAGUGAACAGGGAGUACAGCACGGGACUGAGCACGCACCCCUGAGGGACUCCUGUGUUGAGAAUCAGCGUGGCAGAUGUGUUGUCACCUACCCUUACCACCUUGUGGGCGACCCGUCAGAAAGUCCAGGAUCCAGUUGCAGAGGGAGGUGUUUAGUCCCAGGGUCCUAGCUUAGUGAUGAAAUUUGAGGGCACUUAUGGUGUUGAACGCUGAACUGUAGUCAAUGAAUAGCAUUCUCAUUUAUGUGUUCCUUUUGUCCAGGUGAGAAAGGGCAGUGUGGAGUGCAAGAUUGCAUCAUCAGUGGAUCUGUUGGGACGGUAUGCAAAUUGGAAAGGGUCUAGGGUUUCUGGGAUAAUGGUGUUUAUGUGAGCCAUGACCAGACAUUCAAAGCACUUCAUGGCUACAGACGUGAGUGCUACGGGUCGUUAGUCAUUUAGGCAGGUAAACUUAGUGUUCUUGGGCACACGGACUAUGGUGGUCUGCUUGAAACAUGUUGGUAUUACAGACUCAGUCAGGGACAGGUUGAAAAUGUCAGGGAUAACACUUGCCAGUUAGUCAGUGCAUGCUUGGAGCAAACGUCCUGGUAAUCUCAAUGUUAGAGGUGUCACUACAGACCAUGGUUUGAUCCCCGGCUGUAUCACAACCGGCCAUGAUUGGUAGUCCAUAGGGCGGCACACAAUUGGCCCAGCAUCGUCCGGAUUAGGGAGGGUUUAGUACAAAUAAAGAAAAACCCUGAAAUGAGUAGGUGUGUCCAAACUCUUGACUGGUACUAUACAUAGUUUACGAUAGUGUGUGGAUAAAAUGGAAGGUAGAAAUGUUUUCUUUAACAGUCCUAUGAGGUAACAGGAGCUACUUACUGCUACUUGUGGUUGUAAUCAGGGAUGAAAUGGUAUGCAAUGGUGCUUAAAUUCCAGACAAACUAAACUAUAAUUAUUAGGUAAUAAUUCGGUUUUUACCAUUAACAGUACUGUUUACUUUAAUACCAUGUAAAUGUUGGACCUUAAAAGGACUGUAAAAUAAGGCCCCAGUUAUGUCUGUAAUGAUUGCUUUUUGCAGUGGAGUUUAUCUCAACAGCAUAAUUCUGUGAGGAAGCUAAUUACAAUUAACUAAGAGGAUGCAACAUGAAGCAACUCUCCAAGCAAAUUAAAAGUUGGUUUAAUAUUUUAUUACAACAGCACUGUACUACUCUGUGAUGUAAUUCUUUUUUUGCAGAUAUGUAGCUAGGUAAAUAGAUGGCUAGGUAAAUACAUAGAUGGCUUACUGAAUAUUAGAGAGAGGAGAGAUCAAAUCAAAUUACAUUUUAUUGGUCACAUACAUAUGGUUAGCAGAUGGUAUUGUGAGUGCAUUGAUAUGCUUGUUGCAAAGUUUCCUAAGGACUAGAAGUGAGGCAGCCCUCUUGUCAGCGCCAUACUGUAGGUAAUGGGAGGGAGGAGGAGAGGGAUAUUUUCUUGACCAUGUCAUCUAACCAGAAAAAAACUCAUAGUAUGGCUAUAGCCUAAAACUGGGGCCUAGAAUUUUGCCUUGUCAAGUCACAAGGUCAGGAAAAACGGAGAUAAAAAUACACACACAGACAUUCAGAAAUUGUAUGGACACAGACACGUUUCUCCUCCUACAUCCUCCUCUCUUCUCUUCUUCUCUGUAUCAUUAAUCUGGCUUAGCACUAGCUGCUCCCUUUCUUCCUGAACAAUACAAGGUUAGAGUUUACCACUCAGCCCAGAGGGAAAUGUAGAACCUCUCAAAGACCUGAUACAAAGACUCUGCCCAUGAUACAGAAUCAUUUUAUUAGAGUGCUUAUGCCUAGUUUAUUCAGUAAUUGAUACAUUAAUAUAUAUAUACACCAUUCCUUGAUUUAUUUCCAGUGAAAUACAUUAACUUUCAAUAUUUAGCUUUUUGUUUUGAUAUUUUUUGGGAUCUAGUUGAAUCCCUUUAUCCUGUUUUGUUUGAAGCUGCCUGCUCUGGCUUUGUUACUGAUACAAUAUAGUUAGUAGUAGUUCCUUGACCUUCAAUUAGAAGUACAUUCUAAGCACUGAAAGAUCACAUACUGUAUGUGUGUGUAUGUAUGUCUGUUUGUAUGUGCAUGUAUGUGUGUGUGUGUGUGUGUGUGUGUGUGUAAUGUGUGUGUGCUUACUUGUUAUUGCCCCCGGCUACAUCGGCUUUGGUUCGCUGUAUGUCAAAAAAUAUCCAAAGGAGCAGCGUGCUUAACCUGCUGACUUGCAAAGGCGACACAUAGCGUUUGGGAAAAAAGGAGGAGAGAAAGACAGAGAGCUACUCCCUUCAUUAUGUUCACCCCCAGACACUGUUCUUCUUAAGAUCCAAUCCCUGAGAGAGGCCAGGAGAGGGAUUUCUCAUUGAGGGGAUGGGUUUGUCUUAAAGUCUCAAGGCACCAGCCAACGGCUUAAAAGAUCCUGUAACACAAGACAAAGGAGAGGAAGGACACUUUUAUCUGAUACAUGGAUUAAUAUCCCCCUCCCUCCCCUCCUACAACCCCGCCCUAAAAAGUUGUUCCUGUGCGUUGUGCAGCUACAAUGAACACAUUAUUCCUGCUUUAAAGGACCCUUAUUUAAACGGAUUAUGACGACCUUAAUACCACCUCACAAACAUUUUUUGUUUGUGUUUUAUUUUGUGUUUGUUUGGUUUCUAGAAUAUUGCUAUCGAAAUGCAUAUAAAUAUGGUAUUUUUUAAGAAUGAUAAAAUGUAAAUCUAUUUAAAAAAGCUAAUAAUAGAGUGAACCUUUGGGAAGGAUCUCUGGCAGGAAUUGUGUCAUGAAGCAUAACGUUUCGAUCGUAUUUUUUGUGAUUUCUUAGUUUCGAUCUGUUGCAGAAAAAAGUUAUUUGUUGGUAUCUUAAAAGUAGAAUAGAAGCAACAGCAGUAGUUUUUGCAGGUUUAGUGAUUGCGAAGACAUUUCAUUUGAUUUCUCUGCAUUUUGUAUUGAACGGGUGUGUUUUGGAGAUAAAAAACGUUUUUGAUUCCUUUUUGGGGAGCAUAACAUGUGAUGCUGUAACUGUACAUAUUGAAAAAGGGAACGAUCGCUUAGAUCUUUAUCAUGGUGCUCCCGAGUCUAACAUGACUUGGAAGGGGAUAGAGGGAGUAGGGAUUAAAAGAAAAAGACAGAGCGAGUGAGUGAGAUAUGACAUACUCUCUCUACCUGCUCUCCAAUCUCUUUUCCCCAAAGACACAGAGGAGACGUUUUUACGCCAUGCAACACCCUAAAAAUAUUGUCUGUUCCCCUCUGUGGGCGAUGUCCUUGAAAACUGCACCAGCAUCCCUUUUCUGUCGACGGAACAUGGCGUAGGUGUCCCUUUAUUAUGAUGUCAUAGUGCCCUGUUGGCAGUGGAUCCAGACUGGUCCACACAAGGUCGUUGGUGUCUCUCUUUACAACCCAAGAGAGGCCUUAGUGAGAAGAAAACUGGAAUUUAUUGUCCCCGUAAACUACUGGUGAAAGAAUGGAGGGGGAAACUAUUUUUGUAAACAUACUGUAUGACAGUCAGUUACCCAACAUUCACUGGAUUCUGUCAUUGGAGUAGAAUAGAACUGGUCUAAAAACUGGAGGUACAGAAUUAAGAAGAGUUUUGAUGCACAUACACCCUCCAUUCAUCACACUGAGGGGAGUGUUUGGUUGUCCCGUGCCUGUGUGUGUGUGUGUGUGUGUGUGUGUGUGUGAGUGUGUGAGUGUGUGAGUGUGUGUGUGUGUGUGUGUGUGUGAAUGCAUACGUGCGCCAGUGUGUGUGUUUUUGCAAAGUUACUGCAUGUUGAAUUAUGACUUAAAAGGGGUCUAUUUCUCAAUGGUUUCACUAGUAGUUUUUUUGGGCUAGUCUUUUGUAAAUAUCAAGUACGUGGAAUCUAAAGUGAUAAAUACUGCCGUUGUAUACAACUUUUGUUUAUGCUUUUUGUAUUAUAUUAUUAUUUAAAUCUAGUGCAGUAAUUCCAACUAAAAUUGCCAUUGCUCAUAUAUACAGUCUCAUUUAUUAUAUACAGAGUUGAAUAAGUUAUCGAAAAAAAAAAAUAUUUCUAUUUUUCUUUCAGAUUUUAUGUAAUUUAUUGGUUUAAUUUAUCCCAAAUUAUUCAAUGUUGUGUUUUCUUUUUUUACCAUGUGAAGGCUGUAUUGUAUUUCAUGAGGUAGAACCAAUCCAAUUGAACAUACACUAUAUAUCAAAAGGUAUGUGAACACCCCUUCAAAUUAGUGGAUUCGGCUAUUUCAGCCACACCUGUUGCUGACCGGUGUAUAAAAUUGAGCACACAGUCAUGCAAUCUCCAUAGAGAAACAUUGGCAGUAGAUUGGCCUUACUGAAAAGCUCAGUGACUUUCAACGUGGCACCGUCAUAGGAUGCUACCUUUCCAACAAGUCAGUUCGUCAAAAAUGUCUGCCCUGCUAGAGCUGCCCUGGUCAACUGUAGGUGUUGUUAUUGUAAAGUGGAAAUCUCUAGGAGCAACAACUGCUCAUUGUGAAGUGGUAGGCCACACAAGCUCACAGAAUGGGACCCCCGAGUGCUGAAGCACAUAAACAUUUUCUGUCCCCAAGUUCCAAACUGCCUCUGGAAGCAACGUCAGCACAAUAACUGUACGUUGGGAGCUUCAUGAAAUGGGUUUCCAUGGCCGAGCAGCCGCACACAAGAUCACCAUGCACAAUGCCAAGUGUCGGCUGGAGUGGUGUAAAGCUCACAGCCAUUGGACUCUGGAGCAGUGGAAACGCGUUCUCUGGAGUGAUGAAUUGUUUCGCUAUCUGGCAGUCAGAUGGACGAUUCUGAGUUUGGCACGUGCCAUGAGAACCUUGAGGUCAGGGCAGCCUUCCAAUUCAUCCCAAAGGUGUUCGAUGGUCUUGACCAUCACCAAUGCUCGUGGCUGAAGUCCCAGCAGCAAUGUUCCAACAUGUAGUGAAAAGCCUUCCCAGAAGAGUGGAGACUGUUAUAGCUGCAAAAGGGGGGGAGGGGCAACUCCAUUUUAAUGCCCACAAUUUUGGAAUGAGAUGUUCGAUGAGCAGGUGUCCACAUACUUUUGGUCAUGCAGUGUACUUUAAAAAGAAGAAGAUACUUGAGAGCACUCAAUCAGUUCUCUGAAAUUGUCACAUGAGGAUUUCGACAGCUAAUAUUAACUGGAGAAAUGUAGGAAAGGUUAUGUUUUUUUAGGGGACAGGUAGAGUGCUAAAAGAAAAGUUUGAAGCAUUCUUUGUAUUUUCUCCAGACUUUUCCCACUCUACUGCUUUGGCCCUCCCCACAGACAGAGUAGUUGAAUUGCCUAUCGUGCCUUCAUCCUCUAUGAACUGAAUGUAUGUGCAGUAUAAGUGCAAGCUUGAGCAAGCGUGUGCAAAAUAAAAAUGUAAACGAGA